GCGAUCUUCGCUUGGGCACGUCAUUUCAAAACUGCCGUCAUCUACGACCGAUCAAUCAUGACCACGAUCACGCCGACCCAAGCCGUCGCGGUUGCCAGUGCCCUUCUCUACGCCAAGUACUUUGCCGUGUCCAUCGUCAGCGCCCACAAAAAGUUUGCGACUGGGAACCGCGCACCCGAAGAUGCGGCCGCCAAGCCCGGCAAGCUGCAGUCGUUUGGUCUCGCGACCUCGGCGAACGAGGGCACGAGCCUUCUCUUGGCGUCCGAGAAAGCCGCCGCGAUCGAAGACAUUCGCUGGCAGCGCAUUCUCGCCAACGACGUCGAGAACAUUCCGCUCGGGCUGGUGCUGGCGUGGGGUGCGGCGACGGCCGGUGGCAACGCGACGGUCACGGUCACGGCGGUGGCAGUCUUUACGGCCGCGCGCUUCCUCCAUACGAUCGCCUACGCCAAUGGAUGGCUCUACCCUCGGAUCACCGGCUUUGCCAUUGGUGUGCUCAGUCUCUUUACGCUCGCUGGGAACGCCGUCGUCGGUGCCUUUGCGUCCUAAGCCACAAUGUGGAGCUGUCGACUAACUACUUGAAUAGCAGCC